AUGGAUUUAAAAACCUCUCAACCUGUUCAACGCAACCGUUUUUUAAAACUAUCUCUGAAGAAAAACAGAGAAAAAAUUGAUAAUGAAACGAAAAAAACUUUUCGUGAUUCAGAUAUCAUUAUUCUUGACGAAUCGUUUGAAAACCUUCGCUCGGAGUUCCCGAAAAAGGUCAAUCCAUCUAUAGACUCACCAGUUCUAAUAAACGACUCUUGUGAUGAUUUAUUUGAUGAAUUAUUAACAAAUAAAGAACCCAGCAAGUCAGGAAAUGUAUCUCUAAACAUAACAAAUGAAUUUAAGUCUCCAGUCGCUAAAAACUCCAGACCCAGUAUCGGAGGCUGGUCACCUGCCCAAAACAUUAUAUGCGCAACACCAAAACAUGACACCGUCCCUUCUACACCACAAGACAAAGCCAAUGAAUCCUUAAGCCAAUGCUCUAUAAAGAAAAUACAAAAUUCACAUCAGAAAUUAUUAAGCGAUCUGUAUGGAGAAACAUGGAAAUCAAUACCGUCAUUAUUCAAAACAAUACAACAAAGCCACGACAAUUUGAACGUAAUUUCAAAGAAAUUGCACUUUGAUGACGAUGAUGACAGUGACAAAGAAAACAUCAGAUCACAUAUAAAAAAGAAUAAAGAACUAUAUUUAACGGAUUCUGAAAUCAAAAAGAAAAAAGAUUUAAGCGAUUUUGAAAGGCGAUCAAAGAAAAAAUUGUACACUGAAAAAAUUCCUAGCAUACCUGACCCUGUACCUGAAACGCCUAAAGAUAAAUUAAUAAAACUUAGAAAUGUUAAUAGUACAACGAAAAAGACUAAAGGUUUGUCUGUGACCGAUUUGGUCAAAGUUAUGGGCAAUGACAUUGAUUUUAUAUCGAAGAAAGUUAAAAACGUAACUGUUACUCCUAAGAGUGAUAUUAAGAGGCUCAGUUUUAUUGGGUCUUUGGCAGAUAAUGUGCCAUCAUGGCGAUGUCACCCAGAAGCAUUACAGUACCAUGACAAUUAUAAUAAACUAAGAGAACAACUCACGAGACGUCUGUACACCGAAUUCAAUAAAGUUGUAUUUGAUGAUGGGUUGGAAGCAGACAUGCCUAUUUUAUGGGAUUCGAAAUUAAGGAGCACCGCUGGUACAACAACAAACAAAUUGAUAAAAACCGCUCGCGGUGACAAAAUACGUGUAUCAAGUAUAAAAUUAUCAACAAAAGUUUUAGACGCAGUGCAAAGAUUAAGAGAUACAUUAAUACACGAACUGUGUCAUGCGGCUACUUGGAUUAUAGACGGCGAACUGAGGGCCGGUCACGGGCCUUUGUGGAAGAAAUGGGCGUCAAAAGCACUAAGAAAGUUUCCAGAACUAGGGGAAAUAUCAAGAUGUCACGAUAUGGAGAUACAUUAUAAGUACUCCUACAAAUGCACUAAAUGUGGUUACAGCAUAAAAAGACAUUCGAAAUCGAUAGACACAACGAAAAAGUGUUGCGGGUAUUGCCGUGGAACAUUUGAAGUUAUAGUUAACAAGAAAAACAAAGAUGGUGUCGUCGUAUCAACUCCAGCUAGAAAGGGAGGGUUAAAUGAUUUUGCUUUAUUUGUAAAACAAAAUUAUGGAAGUCUCAAAGAUGGCAGAACUCAUGCUCAAGUUAUGAAAUUACUCAGUGAACAGUUUUCUGCUAAAAAGACAAAAAUGCAAAAAGUGUUCGAGUUAGACAGUGAUGAAUCAGAAAGUUAGGUGUUGCCAUGUAAAAAUUAUUAUAAAAUAUGUUUUAUAAUAGUGUUGUGUUCAGUAAUCUAUGUUAUUAAUUAUAAUACUUGUUUAAAACGUUAGUAGUUUAAAGGAAAAGUGUGGUCGAUGAGUAUAAAGUAUAUCUUAUUGCCUUCAAAUUAGUUAAAUUUCAAUGAAACAUUUCCACCAUAUUUUAAUUAUUGUAAUAUGAAUUUUUAGGCAAGUCAAACAAUAUCUGUUU